AUGGCUGUCAAGGUGUCUUAUCUGAUCGUCGAUGUAACACUUGUGUUCCUUCAACUGGUUGUGAUCAUCUGCAAUGGAUUCAUUCUCUUCUUAUUCAUCAGCCCAUAUUACGUAUUGAUCGCUAGCACUCCACUGAUUAUUCAGUUGAAGAUUAACCUCACCUUAACCAUAUCUAUUGCUGUGGAGAGAAUUCUGGCAUUGUCUUUCCCAGUCACGUUCCGUAACCUGCCGUUUCGCUCUUGUGCUGUGAUAUGUUUGUUGUUUGGGUUAUUAUUGGCGGCCGUGGAUCUCAUCCUGGAAUUCUCACUGUCAUCAUUCAACAGAGCUCCCAACUGCGGGUCUAUUGGAUGUUUUUUAUGUGACAACUUUCGCCACUAUUGGGGAAUCAGCAAUAUGGUAAUGGGUAUUAUAGCAAUUAUUCUGACGACAUUAAUCCUGUUGAGCCUAAGAGCUAUUCAACGAAAGCCACAAGCACCAGGAGUUGUGAGGUCGGGAGACAGCAGAAUCAAACAGGCAAAUCGUACUACUGCUGGUGUCCUACUUACUUCUUUGAUAUUUGUGACUUUUCCAAGCAUCGGCGCUGGCUUAGUUGAAAUGAUCGGCUUCUCUGUUUUCAAAGCUGUUGGCUCUUUCUACAUUUUUGGCUUGCUCUGCGCAGGUGUGUUUAACGGUGUUAUCUUCCUCGCUCUGAACAAGGAAAUUCGAAUAACGGCAAGGAAAUAUAUCACUUGCAAAGUGCACUCGCAUACCAUUACUGUGUCGAACCCCAGAAUUUUCUCGAUAGUUAGAAGAUAA